AUGAACCAAAUUUCGAACAAGCAUGGGUGGGAAGCACUGGUUUUUUCUUUUAGGUCGCCGAGGGCCCGGCCAGCGGUGCCGGCGCAUCCAUUCGAGAAGCAAUUGGCGCAGGUUGUGAGGGGCCAACCACAGCCCGAAGCGUUUGCGACUGCGACAAGGGGCAUGGCCACUGCCGCAGUUUUCUUGAACAUAAUGGGAAACUGUGGGCAACAUCAGACGACUUUGGGUGGCGUUGAAUUCUUUAUCAAGGGUAUGAGAUGGUACCAAACUGUGGGCGAGGGGCCGGGGCUCAAUGCUGGCGAUUCCUAG